UUGUUAAUUUUAUGUAUAAUGUUUAUGUAGAAAGUGUACGUUUUAAAAUGUAGAAGAUUUCAAUUAUGCACAGUUUAUACAAAAUUUAAUCGAUACAAAUUUGCAAUGAAGUGGCUGUUGAUUCGUAUGACGUGAACUUUGAUCAGAUGAUAGAAGCCUCAACUUUGAUCUUCGCAAUCCCUUCUUGAUUCACUCGAAUUUAGAUCUAGACGUAGUGAUCGUCAUUUUAGAAGAUGGUUCAAGAAGCGAUAGAGACUUACUAUGAGAUGAAUACCGUCAGAGGAUGUACAAAACUUGGAGAACCGAAUUUCAGCUACUCCGCGAAUCUCAAUGAUGGAAAUUGUAAAGAAGUGUCCAUCAAUUUAAUGUUUGGAGGUGUUUACCAAAUAUGUACUCCUUUUGAAGAGAAUCCGCCGUGUGAUGUCUACUCUUCGCUAGUCAAUCCUAAAACUGGAAGCUUAUCUUGUCCAGAGUCUUACAAGCCAGUUAAAGUGCACACUUACUAUUUUGAAUUUAAAGGAGAUGAAGAAUUAAUCGACAGUUAUUGGUGUGCUCCUGUAGGACCAGUCCAGCAUAAUUCGGGCUACUUAUUCGGAGGGCUCUAUGGCGACAGUGUUAUAAACGUCAUAACAGGGGCAACGGCUACAGACUCAUCAUCGGGUCAAAAACCUGGGUAUUUGUGGACACGGUUUUUGAAAACGAAUUGCCCAGCUGGAUUUUAUCCUCAAUCUAUUUUCUUCGAUAUGUUCAUUUGUAUAAGUGAUGACUUUGAACAACAUUCUGGAUCAUCUAUUCCCUUUGGUGGAUUUUUCACGUGUAACAUUGGUAAUCCAUUAGCGAUGGACGCUUACCAGACCAACAAUCUUCAGGCUUCCAAUGGUAACUCCUUAAAGUCAUUCCUUGUUCGAAGCGGCGAAGAAGGUUAUCCGAAAAAGUGUCCAGACGGAUUUAGUCAGCACCUAGUGGCUAUCAAAGAGGGGUGUGCUAUUCACUAUUGUGUACGAACUGGUUCCUUGAACUCACCCAAUAUAACCACUGUCAAAAGACCACCGUUUAUGCGAGUUCCAAAGACUUUUAAUAUGCAAAAUAUAACUUUCUAUAAAAGAAAGAUCGUAGAAAAUGAAAAGUCAAUGGAACAUCUAACUAAAGCUGAAAAUCGAUCCAUGCAGUACUCAGAGCUUCCAUCAUCCGCUAUAGCAGGAAUAGUUCUUGGAGUACUCCUUGGCUGUGCAUGCAUAGCCGUUUUCAUUUUUGUUGUCAAAAAACGACUGUCUCGGAGAACAACUCUGUAUAGAAGAAUUUCAGAGGAGAGUCCUGUCCUUCAUGGAGCAGAUGUGUCAACAUAAAGUUCUGUUCAUAAUGAAAGUGUCAUCAUAAAGAGAAUUCUGUACAGUAUGGAUCAGAUAGUCGUCAUAUAGAGAAUUCUGUACAGCAUUAAUAAAAUAUAUCAUUAGGAAGAGAGUGAUCUACUGAAUGGGUAAAUUCUUACCCAAAAGCUGGUAGAUAUCUACCGCAUUAAUCAAAAUAAAUGUAAUAAAGUUGCAAUUUCUGUGUGUAGAUAUUCUUGUAUGCCUAUACACAAAAUAUAAUAAGUAUACAAUAAUUAGCAAAUAUCCAAUACGUUGCAUAUGAAUGUUUAUGUGCUUGGUAACUAGAAUAAAAUGUUUUAAUAAA